UUUUUUUUGCUUGCUUUUGGUGUUAGAACUCUACUUUCAUUGUUCAUUUGAUUCCUGAUGGAGCCAGUGCUGGAGCCGCUGGAGCCGUUCGAGACGUUCUUUAUGGACGUGCGCCGGAACGACUUGAAGGCGGUGCAGCGGCAAUUGGACCGGCUGCCGCUGCUCGUGCGCAGCGAGACCCGAACGCGGUACCAGGCCAUCCAUCUGGCAGCGCUGCACGGACACCAGAGCAUGCUGGACCUGCUUCUGGACGCAGGCGCAAACUUGAACGCUCGCCAUGGCAGCACGAUGCGAACACCGCUCAUGAUGGCCUGCAGCAAUCCGAACGCAGAGGCGACACUCGGCGUCGUUGCCCGGCUGCUGGAGCGCGGGGCAAACGUCAUGCUGGCAUCGCAGACAAACACGACGCCAAUCAUGCUCGCAGCGGCAGUGUCGAGUCCAGCGGGCCUGCAGCGGCUCCAAUUGCUGGUCAAGCACGUCGUUCUGGCUGCGGCUGCAUCUGCUGCUACUGCUGCUACUGCUGCUGCUGCAGCAGCCAUUGACGCGGUCGACCCACGUUCGACUGCAGGAAUAGAACAAGAUCACGAACGGACCGACGACGACGAGGAGGAACAGCUCGAACACGAAGCUAGUCUGCUCUCAGAAUCUGAGAUUUUGGCAGAGUGGAUUGACCGGCGAAAUGACCACGCCUCAAGCGCAGUGCUGAUUGCAGCGACACAAGGUGCGCUGGACAAUUUAGUGCUGCUGCUCGAUACAGCCGAGAACAAUGGCCAUCGCUGGCGAAGGUGGCGUCGAGCAGCGAAAAACAUGGAGAACGAGUCGGGCGGAGAUGAGCUGGAUUGGGUGGCAUUGGCCGCCCGACUGCGUCUCACUGCAGAAGCACGGGCAUGGAAGCGCGAUGCCUCCCAAGUGAUGCUCGAAGACUGUCCGCCGCGGGCUGGUGAUGCACUGAUUUCAGCUGCGCUCGCCGGUGAAAACGCAACAGUCAAGUUUCUGCUCGCCUGUGGCGUGUCGGUGGACUAUACCGACAACGACCAGUGGACGCCGCUGCUCGCGGCUGUACAAGGCGGGCAUAGCAGUACUGUUGAGCUGUUGCUCAAAGUGGGAGCAUCCCCGACCAUUGCCAACGUGCGACGUAUUACGCCGCUGAUGCUGUCGGUGAUUUUGAACCGUCCAGAGCUAGGCAGCCUGUUGCUAGACCAUGGUGCACCCAUCAACCAGCCCACCCACGUGAGUGCGACAGCACUAUCCUUUGCUGCCUCGUUGGGCCAUCUUGACGCGGCCACUAUGCUGCUCGAGCGUGGGGCAACCGUGGAUGCGCACCGUGUUCAGGACGGCAUCUCGAUCGGUGCCACUCCAUUGUAUGAAGCUGUGAGCAAAGGAAAUAUCGCAAUGAUGCGGCUGCUGUUAAAAUACGGUGCCAGCUUGACGUUUACGCGAGGUAUUGAAGCGACAGGCUUGCUGUUGGCUGCGGUCAAAGCCAACCAGUACGACGCGACGCUGCUUCUCCUUGACGAAGGCCUGCCCGUAACGACCUGCUCUGCAUCCGGAGAGUAUCCAAUCCACGCUGCCGCUCACAUCGGAAAUGCCAAGAUUCUUCGCUUGCUAUUAGAACGCGAUGCGAAUCCAGACACGCGGCGGAUGCACAUCGAGCCCGAGGUUUCGCUGAUGGUGAUUGACAGUAUGAUUGCCGAAGCGCGUGCCACCAGUAUCCAGCAGCAACCGCAGCAACCGCAGCAACCACAACAGCGGCAGCAGCAGCAGCAGCAGCAGCACCAGACAUCAGAAGUUACUCUCGAGCAAGAGGGGUUAGGAACAGGACUAUAACGUUCUUGCAGGGUUCAUCCUCUGAAUUGACCCGGACGUCACUCGGUUGAAAUUGUGGACAUGCCAUAGCUCAAAGCAAUACAGAUACAUGGAUGCAUAAACAGCAAGCAAGGCGAAGCAGUUGAUAUGAAAAUCGGGUUUAAAGUGUCAAACAACAUCCACAAUACAAAUGUCCUAUGCA